AAAUUUUGAUUGGUUCCCCACCCCCAGUAGAAAUGGUCCACCUGUAUUUUCUGGCACAAGAAGCUACUGACUCUGCUUAUCUUAUUAUUGUCUAUGUGAUAUGGGGGUAAAAGUACAAUAAAUAGGACAAAUGUUAAAGUAUCUUGCACACUGAAAAGUAUUAUAUAAUUGCUGAUAAUACUAUGAACCUGGAAGCAACAGAACAUCUUUUAAAAAAAUAAUGUUAGAGGUACAAAUAGGGCCGACAUCAGAGAUUGCCAUCGCUGGACUGUUGUUGAAUGCCCAGGGCCCUCAGAGGGGGCAAAUACUGACCCCUGAGAUCACCCUUGUGUGUACACCCUUCAUGUGGUGAAAAUAGAAUGACUCUCUCAAGGCCCACUCAGAUAAGAAGGGCAUUUUGCUGAGUGCUUCCUGAAACCUCAAGCCAGCUACGAGUAUGAACAUAAUUUGUGGAGAUGAAACACACUAUUGCAACUGGGAAUAAUGGGAGUUGUAGUCCAACAACUCGUUUGAACAAUGGUUUUCCUCAUGACACUCUAUGGAUGUGAAAGCUAGACUUUGAAGAAGCAAGAUAGAAAAAGUAUUGAUGCUUUUGAACUUUUGUGCUGGAGAUGGAGAAGACUUUUGAGGAUACCAUAGACAGCCAGGAAAACAAACAUAUGGAUCAUAGAACAAAUCAAUCCAGAAUUUUCACUUGAGGCACAAAUGACCAGGCUCAGACUAUCAUACUUCGGACACAUUAUGCGAUGACCCAGCUCCCUUGAGAAGUCUGUAAUGCUGGGAAAAGUUGAAGGCAAGAGAAGAAGAGGACGGCCAGCAGCAAAGUGGAUGGACUCGAUCACGACAGCAAUGAAUGCACCUCUGAGAUACUUUAAAGGCCAAGUUGAAGACAGAUCAUCCAGGAGAGAAUCUAUCUGUGUGGUCAUUAAGAGUUGACACUGACUUGAUGGUACUUAAUCAGUCAAUCAAUCAAAGUCCACCAACAUCUGGGGACCCAAGUAAUGGCAUUGAGGAAACAGCUGAAGAAUGCAGAAAGCUGGGAGCUAGAACACAUACCUAUGUGGUGGACUGCAGCCUCAAAGAGGAAAUCUACAGCAUGGCAGAGAAAGUGAAAAAGGACAUAGGAGAUGUUAGUAUCUUGGUGAAUAAUGCUGGAGUGGUAGCAACAGCAGAUCUUCUUUCCACUCAGGACAAGCAGAUUCAAAAAAUCUUUGAGGUCAACAUUCUUGCUCAUCACUGGACAACAAAAGCAUUCCUUCCAGCAAUGAUGGAAAAUAACCAUGGUCAUAUUGUCACAGUUGCAUCCGCUGGAGGGCAUAUGACAGUUCCUUUUCUGGUGUCUUAUUGUUCAAGCAAGUUUGCUGCUGUUGGGUUUCAUAAAGGUCUGACUCAAGAAUUGUCUGCACUGGGAAAGGAUGGGAUCCAAACCACCUGUCUUUGUCCAUUUUUUAUAAACACUGGCUUCAUUAAAUGUCCACGUUCAAGACUAAUGCCUGUUUUGGAGCCUCAAAAAGUUGCAGAUAAGCUCAUAGAUGGAAUACUUUGCAACCAAAAAAUGAUUUUUGUUCCACCACUUGUGAAAGGCAGAUUGCUGCUGGAAAGAAUUCUACCGGAGCAUGCCAUAGUGGCUUUUGAUCAGAUAACAAAAGUAAAAUUUGAUGCAGUGGUUGGAUCCAAAGGAAAACAGCAUUAAAUUAGUAGAUGCCUUUUGGGGAUGUGUAUAGGGUACCUCUGAAGAGUCAAUUACAGAAGUUUGAGUAAUGCCAGGCAAUCUGUGGAGGCUUCUUGACAUAUCUUUUUAAUAACUUUUAUGCCUAAUGUACAAGCAUAACCUGUAGAAGAAUCUCGGCAAAAAUAUACAUUAAAAGUCCCACUACAAUGC